GGCGGGGCCGGGCGGCCGUGAGGGGAAGGAAGGGAGCGGGAUAGAUCCGCGGGAUGUCGCCGGGCAGUUCCCAUGGGGUCGGUCCGGGAGGUCCCGGGAGGUGGCACCGAGCCUGCUCCGGGAGCUCGUGUUCUUAGGGCUUCCCGCUGUUCUGCUGCCUCUGGAAGUGGGGGUGAUGGCACUCGCUGUCCCCUAGGAGAGGAUGAUGAGGUGAGGCCGCGGUGGAGGUGCGGACAGCAGCGGGGCAGUGUCUGCCUUGGGGCUGAGGGAGAAAUCUGCAGGAAGUUUCGUUCCUCCUGGCCAAUGCACUCCGUGGUGAUUCAGCUGCUCAUAAAGCUCUGAAUGGAGCUGGUGAGCUCCCGAGCUGUGUGAGACACGCUGGGAACUUACUGCAAUCUGCGUGUGGAAACAUCUGCACUGUGUGAUACCACUUAAAUGGCUGCUCACAUGUUUCUCUGCCACUCCGUGCCGUCAUUUUGCCGUCCCCUGCUCCCGAGGGCUCCCCUCGUCAUGAGCUCCUUCGAGGAGGCCGAAACAGAGGAGACAGUGACGUGCCUCCACCUGACCUUCUACCACCCCGGCCAGGCCGAGAAGAUGAUGUUCCGCUGCCUGGAUUUCUGCCGGCGCCAGCGGGUCCGGGCAGACGACGCGGCCAAGUUCGGCCGGGAUUCCAGCCUCUGCCACUACAGCCUGGUGGACACGCGCGUCUCCCGCCUCCAGUUCUCCCUGCAGUUCUACAGGAAGCUCCACACCUCCGAGUACGGCUUCGAGAUCAAGAACUUGAGCAAGAAAACGAGGCUGACCGUCAACCAAACGGAGCUGGGCUACUUAAACAAGAUCGACCUGCCCUGGAAGUGCAUCAUCUGCUUCGGGGACUACCAGAUCCUGGCAGAGAUUCAAGAAGGGGAGGCCGUGGAUUAUUUUGAGACUCACUUGCACUUGGCUGAAGCACCCAUCUUACAAGAAAGGUGCCUGCCAUCCCUGCAGCCUAUCCCCGAGAACGGCAUUGCUCCUUCCUUUCCUCUUUGCCAAGGAAAAAGCCCCACAGAGAUUGAUGAGAACGAGCUGUACUAGCGGGGAGAAGGAGGCUGGCUCAGCUUUUGUAGCCUCCAACACACAGGGCCCUCACCUCAGCCCAGUGCUCUUGGCUGUGCACAUCAGUCUUCUUUGCUUGGUGUUUUCAGCACAGGCGUUCCAGAGCGCUGCUCCACAGGAAUGCAUUCCUGCCACUGCCUUCACGGAGAUGCCCAGAAAGGUGUGGGAAGCGAGGGGUCACUGGAAUCCACGGAGUCCCAGAACCGUGGCCACGUGCAGUGGAGGGAUAUUUAACAGGCAUGAAUACAGCGGGGGAUUUGGUCCCAGCCAAGGGGUGACACAACGUCUCGUUGCAUAUUUUACUUUGUGCUCUGCUUUGCACACCGAAUUCCAAACAGUAUUUUUUUUGUGAGCCUAGGUUGUAACUUCGCAGAUUUUGCAACUUAGAAACACUUUGUCCUCUUAAGUUUAUGUUUUUAUCAGCUUCAAAGCAAGGUUUCUGUUUUAUUUUUACUUAAUUUAAUUAACUUUUUUUUUUUUAUGCAAGAUAACUACUUUUGCUUGUGAUGUAGACAAACAUGUAGCAUCAAUGAUCAUGGUCUAUAGAAAUCCACAUUAAUUUUGCAAUAAAUACAUUUUGU